AGGAUAUCGCGAGUUGCUCAAAUUAUCGCGAUGUGUACGAAGUUGAAUAAAGUGGUCGGUAUUUUUGCGAGUCGCGUUAGAAUGUUCCAUUCUUCCGCGCAUGCUUGCGGUAUGUUCCACGAAAGCCAUCCAAAAUCUGGCUAUCAAGGCCCUGAGAAACCCGGGAAGGAACAUAUUCGUGAAGGCCUGGGGAUGCUGAAGGAGGAGAUCAAGUUAUGGAAGAAGGAGAUGCAGGACAAAUUCGAUAUGGACAUCCCUAUGAUCCGACCUGGCAUCCCGGAUAAGAUUUGGGGAUUCAAUAGUAAAUCAGACCUUGAUUUAUGGACUGUGUCGAGCGAUGCGGAUCACGGUGAGGGGUUCAGCACAUCCAGGUUGCAUCUCGGCCCGAACGAAACUGGUUUGUUCGAGGGAAAUCUCACCACAAAGGUUCCAGAAUCAGGAAACGUGAAAACCGCUGGGUACUGUGGCAUCCGGUCAAUGAGAGCAAGGAAAUCGUUCAAGCGCGACACGUAUUGGGAUUGGACGACGUACACCCAUCUAGUCAUGAAAGUUCGAGGGGACGGUCGACCUUACUUCAUUAAUAUUGGCAGUGCCGGGUUUUUUGAUAUCUGGUGGAAUGACAUGUAUCAGUUCGUUUUGUAUACCCGCGGUGGUCCGCAUUGGCAGUAUUCAAAGAUCCCGUUUUCAAAGUUCUUCCUUUCCAGCAAAGGAAGGGUACAAGACAAGCAGUUUGUGUUACCCCUGAAUUUUGUAUCGAGCUUGGGUAUCGCUGUUGGGGAUAAGGCCUGUGGUCCAUUCAGACUCGAAAUCGAUUGGAUUGGGUUGGAGUUCGAUCCUGGGCACGUUGAAGAUUUUGCUUACGAACUGUAUGCAACGGAUAAAUUCGUAACAGCCCAUUAACUGCUUACUUCGAGCGAAGUGCUAUUGGACGCUCCUGAAGUGGGUUUCGCAUUGUGAUAUUCCCCGUUUGAAAUAGUGUCGUUUUGUUUGAAGGAAUGUCAUCUACUGUUCUUCAAA